UGCGCUUCCCAACACUGACGACUGUGGUCUGUGUAUUGGGGGGGGGCGUAGGGUUUUAGUCCCAUUUGCAAAGAUGGCUCCUCUCUGAAUUCUAAUCUCUUCUUCUUCUCGAGGUCGCAGUGAUAGAACAAAGGGAGAGAGAAGAUGCACUCUCUAAAGACUAGUUGCGUAGGGCAAGUAUUUGCUCUAGCCAAGCCUCACGACUCUGUAGGCAAGAGAACGCGUAAUCGUAUCCCCAAAGAGGAGAGAAAGACUCUGGUCGAAUCUUUCAUAAAAAAGCAUCAAAGCUUAAACAAUGGGAGGUUUCCUUCACUUAGCCUCACACACAAGGAGGUUGGUGGGUCUUUCUACACCAUUAGGGAGAUUGUCAGAGAGAUUAUCCAAGAAAAUAGAGUCCUUGGUACUAGUGACUUGAUUCUCCAAGGCAAAGGCGAUGAUGACCAUUUGCAAGAUCAAGCUCUUUCAAGUUCUUUACUGAUGGAUCCUGUGCCUCCUUUAUCUCUGUCCCCAGAGGGAUUCCAUUCUCCAUCAGGUCAAAGUCAUAAUCAUUCUAAAGAAAACAGAGGAUCUUAUAAGGACAGGGAAGUGAACGGGUAUCAUCAACUUUCUGAAGAAGGCAUAGGGCUGCUCACACACGAGCCAGUGGAGUCUACUGACAUAUCCAGGGCUCACUUUGCAGGAUCUUGCGGUGAAGAGAACGAUGCCAAGCUGCAUGAUAGAGUGCAGACAGUAUGUGACUCCAAACCUCAGGAUUUAGAACUCGAGGUGGAUAAGAAAGACAGAGGACUUGAGGAAACACCUUUCAUUGAAACAAGAGGCACAGAACCUGACGAAAGAGCGAAUGAUGAUGAAGCAGUGAUGCCCGAAAUGGUGAACAUGGCUAAGAAUUCAUUAGGCACAGUUGGUUUGCCAGCGGAAGCAGUUGCUGUGACUUCUUCAACAUCGGAUGUACAGCCUAGUGAGGUGGCUAGAGUCUGUGAGGCUGAGAAAGUAACUGAGGCAAAGGUGGAAAGUGAUAGCAGCACCGAAACUUCUGUUGAUCUUGGAGACAUUUCUGAUGUGCCUGAAGAACAAGGGACACAAGUCAUUGGUGGUCAAAUGCCAAAGCAAAUCUCUGUCUCUAUGGAUAAGAAAGUUGAAGAGAAAACUGUAAAUCCUGCUUCAGUAGAUGUUGAAUCUGCUGAUACUAAAGGGAUGGUGGUUGAGAAUGCUGACAUUCAUGAGACUAAGGAAUAUAGUAAUGGAAGUUUGACAACAGAAGGGAUAACGCCAACAUCUGGCACUGAGUCUGCAAGUUUUAAGAAGGACAAAGCUAGGAGUAAAGUCACAAGCGUUGAGAAAGGGAAACAGGAUGCUUCAGAUAGUUCGAGCUCUCAGAAAGGAAACAUUGCACCACUAAACAGAAUCAAACCUGAAUCGUGGAAAGGGCAAUCUAAUGUGGCAGGAGGACUUGAGACAAAUCCGCUUUUGGCAGCUCUCAAAUCUUUGAUGACAGCCUUUGUUAAGUUUUGGUCCGAGUGAUAAUAUAUUAUUGUAGAGCUAUGUUGGUUGGUUGAGUUUUAGUAGUUUCCGUUAGUGAGAGAGUUGGUAAGGUUAAGAUGAGAUAUAUACGAUUUGAAAUGUUAUGGGUUGAAUCAUAUGACAUGUAGUUUAAUCAGAUAAACGUUUCAAGGCA